AUGACGAUUACCAUCACUGUUGAGAAAGAUGGUUACUAUGAAGUCAAUGGCAUAAAGCAAGAGCCAUCCGUGUCACUCUAUGUUAUCCCAGCAGCAUCAAAGUUGCGCCGAAUGCUGAAAGAUACGAAAGAAUUGAUCGUGUGCCCUGGUGUCUAUGAUGGUCUCUCUGCGCGCAUUGCCAUGGAUCUGGGCUUCAAGGCACUGUAUAUGACUGGAGCUGGCACGACAGCCUCACGCCUGGGAGUGGCUGAUCUUGGGCUGGCGCAACUUCACGACAUGAAGACAAACGCAGAGAUGAUUGCCAAUCUCGACCCAUUCGGUCCACCACUGAUCGCGGAUAUGGAUACUGGAUAUGGAGGUAGGACGCAUAAACUCUUCUGGAAUGAAACCCCUGUGUCUGACAAGAUUUCUCAUAUAGGACCGUUGAUGGUUUCGAAGUCAGUCCAGCAGUACAUCCAGGCAGGCGUUGCUGGAUUCCAUAUCGAAGAUCAAAUUCAGAAUAAGCGAUGUGGUCAUCUUGCGGGGAAACGUGUGGUGGGCAUGGAGGAAUACCUCACCCGGAUCAGAGCAGCGAAACUGACCAAAGAUCGUCUGCAUUCGGAUAUCGUCCUCAUUGCGCGAACCGAUGCUCUCCAGCAGCACGGCUAUGACGAAUGCAUCGCCCGGCUGAAAGCAGCACGAGAUUUGGGUGCCGAUGUCGGUCUUCUGGAGGGGUUUACGUCCAAGGAUCAGGCCCGGCAAGCAGUGCAGGACCUGGCUCCUUGGCCCCUUCUUCUGAAUAUGGUAGAAAACGGAGCAUCACCAGUAAUUACCACUAAGGAGGCUCAGGAAAUGGGAUUCCGGAUCAUGAUCUUCUCCUUCGCGUCACUCGCUCCAGCAUACAUCGGUAUUAGAUCGGCUUUGAUACGCCUCAAGACUGAAGGCAUUGUUGGCACACCCGAGGGUCUCGGACCACGCAAGAUAUUUGAGGUCUGUGGGCUUAUGGAAGCCGUCAAGAUUGAUACUGAAUCAGGUGGAGACGGCUUCAACGACGGCGUGUGA